AUGAGUAAAUUGCAAGUUCUUAUUGACGACCCUUCUUUGAAUGAGUUUGCGCCAACUAUUGUUGGUCGACAGAAAAAGACGUAUGACCUCCUUUCACGUAUUGAGGCAUCUGAAGGUUCUCUUGAGCAAUUUGCAGAUUCGUACAAACGCUAUGGCUUAGUGCGAGGCACUGAGAACCAAAAUGGCAAAGAUGUCGAGGGUUGGGUAUUUAGAGAGUGGGCUCCCAACUUCAAGGAGAUGUAUCUCUUUGGUGACUACAACAAUUGGGACAGAAACACUGCGUACAAAAUGCACCGUGAUGAGUUUGGGACUCACUCAGGGUUCAUUGCAGACGUUAAUGGGAAGAGUGUAAUUCCUCACAUGUCCAAAAUUAAGUUCUAUGGUAUUACACAUCAAGGUGAAAGACUCGACAGAAUCCCAACAUAUCACAGAUACUGUGUUAUCAACAAGAAGAUGUCGUGUAUGGAAGCUGUUGUAUAUAACCCGGAGAACCCGUACAAGUUCACUGCGCAACGCCCAGGUAUACCAGAGGCCUUAAAAAUCUAUGAGAGUCACGUGGGCAUUUGUACCCCAGAUACUAAAAUAGCGACUUAUGACGACUUCAGAGAGAGAAUUGUACCGUACUGUAAAAACGUUGGAUACAACGCAAUACAAUUAAUGGCUAUUAUGGAACACCCGUAUUACGCCUCGUUUGGGUAUCAAGUCACCAACUUCUUUGCGCCAUCUUCGAGAUUUGGAACACCAGACCAACUCAAGAGACUCAUUGAUGAAUGCCACCGACAAGGGAUUGUUGUCUUACUUGAUAUAGUCCAUUCGCAUACAUCUUCUAAUGUCGUUGAUGGUAUUAACAAUUUUGAUGGGAGUGACGCACACUACUUGUUACCGGGUGACCACGGGAGACACCCCCUUUGGGGCUCAAGACUCUUCAAUUACAACAACUACGAGACGAUCAGAUUCUUGUUGUCAAACGUUAGAUAUUACGCAGAGGAAUUCCAGUUUGACGGGUUCAGAUUUGAUGGUGUGACCUCGAUGAUAUAUACUCAUCACGGUGUCGGUGGAUGCACAUUUGAUUAUAAGAACUUCUACGGUCCAUGCGCCAAUGAAGACGCGUUGAGCUAUUUGUCUCUUGUGAACAUCUUAGUACACAGAAAGGAUAUGCACUGCGUAACUAUUGCUGAAGACGUUUCUGGAUAUGCUGGGUUGUGCAGAACCGUUGAAGAUGGAGGAGUUGGGUUUGACUAUAGACUUGCGAUGUCAUGUCCAGACUUGUGGGUCGAGUACUUGAAGACCAAGAAAGACGAAGACUGGAACGUCAACCACAUUGGGUUCACUUUGAAUAACAGAAGAUGGAAGGAAAAAUGUAUUGCGUAUGCGGAGUGCCAUGACCAAGCACUUGUUGGUGACAAGACAAUAUCAUUCUGGUUGAUGGAUAAGGAGAUGUACACUGGUAUGUCACAAGUGUGGGCACCUUCAUUUAUCAUCUCGAGGGGUAUUGCUCUCCAUAAAAUGAUUCGACUUGUGACGUGCAUGUUAGGUGGAGAAGGAUAUUUGACAUUCAUGGGUAACGAAUUUGGACACCCCGAAUGGUUGGACUUCCCGAGAGAAGGUAAUGGAGAUUCAUUCCAUUACGCAAGAAGACAAUACAACUUGGUUGAAGACAAGUUACUGAGAUACAAGAAUUUACUUGCUUUCGAAAGAAGCAUGUUUGCUCUUGAGAAGGAACACCCGUGGCUUUGUAAACAAAACGCUUUCAUUAGUAAACACAACGAGGCCGACUACGUUCUUGCUUUCCAAAGAGGCGAUUGCAUUGCUGUUUUUAACUUCAAUCCAAACAAAAGUUUCACUGACUAUGGUGUCGGUGUGAAGGAACCUGGAAAAUACAAAAUUGUUUUAAGCUCUGACGAUAAAGAAUUCGACGGAUUUGGAAACGCGGUCUCCGGUGGAGAAUUGUUCACUGAGAAUAUGUCGUGCGACGGAUUGCCAUAUAUGGUCAAAGUGUACAUCCCAACAAGAGUUGUCAUCGUAUUGGUCAAAAUUAAUUAA